CGAGUUCGGUCUUGGGGCGCGUGAAAGUUAUUUAAUUUUGAAGUAAAUACGUGUUCAGUUCACUUGUAAAUCUGGUAGAAGUCUAAAGUUAAUUAAUAGGUGCAGUUUAUAAUUAAAUUAUUCGUAUUAGCGAUUAAAUGUAUAAUAUUGCCAAUAUAGGUUAAGUGCGCAGGUGUCGAUUACAAAAAUGACUUUUCCUGAUGGAAAUGGUUUCGUGGAUUACGGCGCAGUCCCUAGUAGAGUAGACCAGGGGUUUACGGUGCGACAGGCUUUUGAAAAUGGUGGUAUCAAAGCCGGCGCGGCUCGGGCGGCUCGCCUGGCGUACGGGGUACUAUCCCGGCGUAAGGCCGCGGAGGAAGGCGCGGCCCGCCUGGCCAGGGUCCUCUCAGCACUAGACCUGACUGCCCUAGGCGUCGGCAGUACCCUGGGAGUGGGCGUCUACGUGCUAGCUGGAGAUGUCGCCAAGAAUUAUGCUGGGCCAGCUGUGAUACUGUCGUUUCUACUAGCGGCUGUUGCUAGCGUGUUUGCUGGUCUGUGCUACGCCGAGUUCGGCGCACGAGUGCCGAAGGCGGGGUCCGCGUAUGUGUACAGCUACGUGUGUGUCGGAGAGUUCAUUGCCUUCAUCAUUGGCUGGAAUCUAAUACUGGAGUAUAUUAUAGGAGCGGCAUCAGUAGUGAAAGCACUGAGCGAGUACCUGGACUCGUUGUUCUCUGGGGCGAUAUCUCACCAGCUGCAGGCGUGGCUGCCAAUGGAGUCGCCCCAUCUCGCCACCUAUCCGGACCUGUUCGCUUUCACCGUCAUCAUGCUGUUCUCUGUGGCACUUGCCUUCGGUGUUAAAGAGUCGACAAAGUUCAACAACUUUUGCACCGGAGUCAAUUUGUGCGUUGUCGCUUUUGUCAUCAUAUCAGGAUCUUUCAAAGCGGACACGAAGAACUGGCGUAUUCCGGCGGAGGCGGUUCCUCAUAGCGAGAAGAAGAACUUUGGCACCGGCGGGUUCGCGCCCUACGGAGUCGCCGGCAUCAUCAAAGGUGCCGCUGUCUGCUUCUACGGGUUUAUUGGGUUCGACUGCGUAGCAACAGCGGGGGAAGAAGCGCGCCGCCCGCAGAAGUCCAUCCCGUUCGCGGUGGUGGCCUCGCUGCUCGUGGUGUUCCUGGCCUACUGCGGCGUCAGCUCCGUGCUCACACUCAUGCUACCCUACUAUAUGCAGGACGAGAAGGCGCCGUUCCCGUUCGUGUACGACCAGCUGGGCUGGCCGUGGGCCAAGUACGCCGUCAGCGUGGGCGCCGUGUGCGCGCUCUGCUCCAGCUUGCUGGGCGCAGUGUUCCCUCUUCCCCGUAUCAUAUACGCGAUGGCGUCCGACGGUCUACUCUUCAAGUUCAUGGGCCGCGUCAGUGAGAAGUACCAGACACCCAUGAUCGGCACUAUGGUCGCUGGACUCUUCACUGGCACCCUGGCGAUGAUCUUCAGGCUGGAGCAGCUGAUCCACAUGAUGUCUAUCGGCACCUUGUUAGCGUACUCUAUGGUUGCCUCCUGCGUCUUGCUGUUAAGAUACGAGCGCAGUACUCUUCACAAGCCCCCGGAGCCGCUGAACCUGUCACCGCGCAACGCGUUGAGGCAGCUCAUCAACGCGGACGGCCACACCACACCUACGCGACUCAGUUCUGCUAUGGUCUCUGUACUGGUCACACUAUAUGGCGUGUGGUGCUUCGUGCUGAUGCUGAGCAUCAACCAGCACGGGGAGGCCAUCUUGUCGGGGCGCGCGGCUCCCGUCGCCAUGGCAACGGCCGGCGCCAUGUUGGUCGUAGCCACGCUGUACGCCAUCUCGCGGCAACCCGUGUCUGAGAAGAAGCUCGCUUUCUCCGUGCCGUUAGUCCCGUGGCUGCCUGGCAUCAGCAUCCUGAUCAACGUGUACCUGAUGCUGAAUCUCGACUAUAUGACGUGGCUGCGAUUCGCCGUCUGGAUCGCCGCUGGCCUCCUAAUAUACUUGACGUACGGGAUGUGGCACUCGUCGGAGCGGCGCCGCGCGGUGGAGCAGCUGCAGCUGGCCGAGCUGCACAACGACAGCCGCGCCGCGCUGCUGGGGCAGCACGCGCUGGGGUGACCCGGGGGCGAGGAGGGGGCGGGCAGUCCUAGUGGCACCGUCGUGUCUUUUAUAUCUAGUAUUUAAACCAGCGGCAUAGCACAAUGGCCGUUUUGAUUUCGUAUUAAUUAAUUACUACGUUACGUACGUGGAGGAGCUCGGUGGCGCAGCGGUAAACGCGCUCGGUCUGCGAUUGUUGAAGUUAAGCAACUUUCGCCAAGGCCGGUCAUAGGAUGGGUGACCACAAAAAAAAGUUUUCAUCUCGAGCUCCUCCGUGCUUCGGAAGGCACGUUAAGCCGUUGGUCCCGGCUGCAUUAGCAGUCGUUAAUAACCAUCAAUCCGCACUGCGCCCGCGUGAUGGUUUAAGGCCCGAUCUCCCUUUCCAUCCGUAGGGAAGGCCCGUGCCCCAGCAGUGGGGACGUUAAUGGGCUGGUGAUGAUGAUGAAUUACUACGUUAAAGGAGCAAAUUACUGUGUGUGUGUGUGUGUGUGUGUG